AUGAUGCGUGAUCGUCAAUGGAUUCGUGUUCAAUUACCUGAUAUAAAAAGUUUAUCGAUUCCAAUAAAAAUAAGUAAAACAGCUGUAUCAAGUCAAUUAAGUGAAAAUGGAAAAGAUCUAUUUGAAGAUUUAAGUGAUGAUGAAAGCAAAAAAGAAGACGAAUCACCUGCUAAAAAGAAACGAAAAACAAAUUCAACUGAUAUAAUGGAUAUAUUUACUAUUAAUCCUGAACCAAUUAAAAAUUAUUCAUUAGAUACAAAUUCAUCAACAUUAGCACUUUCUAAUACUCAUAUUCUUCUUCAUGAUAAUCAUAAAUUAAUUUUAUUUGAUUAUCAUAAAAAAUUGAAUGAACUUCAAUGGAGUGAUAAUGAUUAUGGUAUUCUUGUUGAUAUGUGUUGGAUGUCAUCAUUAUCAAUGUUUGUUAUAUUAACAAUUCAUUCUGUAUAUUUAUAUGAUCCAAUAAAAUCACAUCCAAAUCUUCCAGUUAAAAUCGAUGCAAUUCAACCGUUAGAUCGAUCACAUGUUUUAGCAUCAAUAUCACCAUUUGAACGUGAUAUUUUUAUAAAUUAUCAUAAAGGUGUACAUUUAGAUCAAUAUCGUGUAUCAUCAACAUCACAAUGGACAUUAGAAAAACGUUAUGCUAAAUCUGAUUGUUGUGAAACAAAAGAUAUUGGAAUGCGUGAUGUUCGAUGUGAUUCACAAUAUAUUUGUUUAUCAAUAAUGCAACAAGAUGAUUUAAAAUGGAGAUUAGAUAUAAUGUCACGUGAUAUGAAAAGAGUAAGACGUGGUACUACAAUGGAUUCAGGAGAAAAUCAACAUAAAUUUUUUUCUAUGCUUAUACCACUUCAUGAUCAACGAUGGUUAUUUGUUAAUUGGCAUACAAACAAACUUUGGAUAGUUGAUCAACAAGGAAAACCAAAAUUAAUUAAAGAAACAAAAAUAAGAAACAUUAGAAAUGUUUGUAUUGCUCCAAACAGUUCUUAUGUGGCUAUUAGAACUGAAAAACCAUCGGCUGUUAAACUUUAUAAACUUGAUUAA